GUCUUUUUAUAUGGCACUGGGUCUAACAACAACAAUAAUAACAAUAAUAAUAAUGGUACUGGGGUCUAAGAGGAAACUGCAUUAUAAUAUUGUAGUUGUGAUUAUACAGAUUGUGCAAGUUUAUCACUUUACUACAGUUGGAUAGGCUCUUGGUCCUGUGGUUCUGUACCUUUAAGACCGUCUUUUAGUACUUCCGGGUUACAGGGCGGAGUGGACAACCAAAACAUGCGAUGGCCUCUUUUGGCUGGAAACGGAAGGUGGGGGAGAGAGUUUCUAAAGUGACAGUGCUGCAAUUUGAGCAGGACUCAGAGCAGCCAGAUACUGAUGAUGUGGAGGAGGAGGGAGUUGAUUGGCUGCAUGUCAUCAAACGGCGGCGAGAGGUGCUGCUGGAGGAUAGUGCUGCUAAGAGCAAGAGACUCAAGGAUGAGGGCACACUAUUUGCCGAACAGGGCAGGAAAUGGGAGGCGUUGAAGAGAUGGGAUGAGGCCCUUCAGCUCACCCCAGAUGAUGCUGUGCUAUAUGAGAUGAAGUCACAGGUGUUGAUUACCCUUCAAGAAGUGUUAUUGGCUGUUCAGUCUGCGGAGAUGGCGACCAAACUCCGCCCCCUCUGGUGGGAGGCAUGGCAAACUCUGGGUCGUGCCCAACUAAGUCUUGGUGAAGUCGAUCUAGCUGUGCGGUCCUUUCAAGUGGCAGUGCACCUGCAUCCGUCCGAGUGCCCCCUCUGGGAAGAGGACUUAAACUGGGCUUUACAGCUCCGGGAGCAGAAACGAGCCGUUUGCCAAAGAGCAACGCAGGAAGAGGAAGCCCGACGGCUCAUUGUGGAAGCUCCUGAGCUGAACAGGGAUUAUGAUUUCGAGAGUGAUGAAGUAAUUGAGGCCUGCUCAGCCAUGGCUGAGAGACAGAAACAAUAUGAGGACUUAAAGAAAAUGGCAGUUGUUGUGGAUGCACAGGGGUUGGCCAAGAAGGUGGUUGUCGAGGAUGACAGCAGACCCACUUCGUCUUCACAGAGUGUUUUGGUGAAGGCACGAGGACUCUGAAAAAAAUGUAGAUGUUUUUGUCUCUUCUGUGUAUACUGUUUAGAGUAUUAUGUAUAUACUGUUGAUUUGAUCCUCCAAGGUUCUGAUGGGCUUCCUUGUAGUUAAGUUUGUAUAGUGAGUACCAGAUGCUUAGAGAAAUUGAAGCAUCUGAAAUGCUUCCUGUCUGGACCAUUUUCACUUAAAGCAUAAAUUCCUUUUACUGAUGCA